AUGGAAAUACCAAGCAAUUCUUUGAUUUCAAAAGGUUCUGAAGAACCAAGUGAAAUUGAAAGGAAUAAAGAACCUGGGACAUUUGAUAGUUCAGAGUUUACUUCAUUUUUAGAAUUUGUUGGCUCUGAUUAUUAA